AUUUUGCUUUUACAUGUUACCGGUUGGUAGUGGAUCUUCUCUCCUCAUUCUUCUUAAGAAUCUCUUGACCUCUAAUCCCUACCUUCUUUCUUUAUUUUCCUUUUCAAACUUUUUUGACUUUAUUUUCAACUUCUUGCCUUGUUUUUGGAUAUAUAUUAUUGGAUUCUCCUAAUUAUAACUAUUAGAAAAAAAUGAAAGGGAUUGUAGGAAACCCUCUACGCCUAAAAUCAGUGAAUCAUAUCUCCCUCAUUGUCAAAUCAGUGGAAGAAUCUAUCAACUUCUACCAAAAUGUUCUUGGAUUCAUCCCCAUCAGGAGGCCUGAAUCAUUUAAUUUUAAUGGGGGAUGGCUAUUUGCAUAUGGGAUAGGAAUUCACUUGCUGCAAGCAGAGAAACCUGAAAACAUUCCAAGGAAGAAGGAAAUUAAUCCAAAGGAUAAUCAUAUUUCAUUCCAGUGUGAAAGCAUGGGGGCAGUGGAGAAGAAUUUGAAGGAGAUGGAAAUUUGUUACGUGCGUGCAAUGGUGGAAGAAGCUGGGAUACAAGUACAUCAAUUGUUUUUCCAUGAUCCAGAUGGAUUCAUGAUUGAAAUAUGCAAUUGUGAUAGUAUCCCUGUUAUCCCUUUAGAUUGUGACAUGGUCAGACCAUGCUCUACACUCAACCUUGAGAUCAUGCUCUAGACUCAACCUUGAGAUCAUAUGCAAUAACAGAUACAAUAAGUUGUUCCCCAAUUGUAAACUUUUUAUAGCUAUAGCUUUUUGCAAUCUUGCAUUUUCAGUGAUCAAAAUGGAAUAAAAAUAUUAAUAUAUAUUUAUCAUGAGGGAACUUUUUUUUUUUUUAAAAAACUUAUGUUAUCUACUUGUCAUAUGUACUAGAUUCCUUUGCUAAAGUAAUGGAAUAUAUAUUAUAUUAAA